CAGAAAUCCUUAAUGACUGGAAAACUCAAUGGAUCAUUUUUUUAUAAUCUAAGCUAUUUUUAUGUUGACUGUGCUGUAAACACAUGGAGGAGCUGUAAGUAAAUGUUCUGUACUGCAUGAUGAAUUGGAUUGCUACAGUCUGGAGGAAAGCAAAAUAAUAAUUUCAUUUCUGUGGUGAUUUGCGUAGCUUAUGGUACAAUGCCAGAAAGACUAACGGAAAUGCUUAUGGAUACAUGGACUCCAUUAAUAAUAUUAUGGAUUACUGUACUUCCUUCCAUUUAUAUGGCUCCAAUGAAUCAAUCUCAAGUACUUCCAAGUGGAUCCAGUACAGGACUAAAAAGGCUAACCGAAGAACAAAGAGUUUUGAACCGUUCCAAGAGAGGCUGGGUUUGGAAUCAAAUGUUUGUAUUAGAAGAAUUUUCUGGACCUGAACCAAUACUAGUUGGCCGGUUGCAUACAGACUUGGAUCCUGGCAGCAGCAAAAUCAAGUAUAUCUUGUCAGGAGAUGGUGCUGGAACUAUCUUUGUGAUCAAUGACAAGACUGGAGACAUUCAUGCAAUGAAAAGGCUUGACCGCGAGGAAAAAGCUGAGUACACUUUAACAGCUCAAGCAGUCGACAGGGACACAAACAAACCUCUGGAGCCUCCUUCAGAAUUCAUUAUAAAGGUUCAAGACAUCAAUGACAAUGCCCCGGAGUUUGUUGAUGGUCCUUAUCAUGCCACAGUUCCAGAGAUGUCUGUUGUUGGCACCUUUGUUACUAAAGUAACAGCUACAGAUGCAGAUGAUCCAGUUUAUGGAAACAGCGCUAAACUGGUUUAUAGCAUUCUGGAAGGACAGCCUUACUUUUCCAUUGAACCACAUACAGCUAUAAUUAAAACAGCUCUUCCCAACAUGGACAGAGAAGCCAAAGAAGAAUACUUUGUGGUUAUCCAAGCAAAGGACAUGGGAGGACAUAUGGGUGGACUUUCUGGAACUACAACGGUGACGAUUACACUCACUGAUGUUAAUGACAAUCCUCCUAAGUUUGCACAGAGUCUGUAUCACUUCUCAGUCAUGGAAGAUGUUGCUCUUGGUGAACCCAUAGGAAGGGUGAAAGCAAAUGACCUGGAUAUUGGAGAAAAUGCUAAAUCAUCAUAUGAUAUUAUUGAAGGAGAUGGAAUGGAUAUAUUUGAAAUCACUACAGAUGCCCAAACUCAGGACGGCGUUAUUAGAGUGAGAAAGCCUCUGGACUUUGAGACCAAAAAAUCCUAUACUCUGAAGGUAGAAGCAGCCAACAUUCAUAUUGAUCCUCGCUUCAUCAGUGGAGGACCUUUCAAGGAUACAGCAACAGUAAAAAUUGUAGUAGAGGAUGCUGAUGAGCCACCAGUCUUUUCAUCACCUACAUACCUACUGGAAGUGCAUGAAAAUGCUGCUAUUAACUCUGUGAUUGGCCAAGUGACAGCCCAUGACCCUGAUGUGUCUUCCAGUCCUAUAAGGUUUUCCAUUGAUCGUCAUACUGACCUUGAGAGACAGUUCAACAUUAAUGCAGAAGAUGGAAAAAUAACUUUGGCAACACCACUCGACAGAGAAACAAAUACGUGGCACAAUAUAACCAUUGUAGCUACUGAGACUAGGAACCACAGUCAAGUGUCCCGGGUGCCUGUUACUAUCAAAGUUCUUGAUGUAAAUGACAACGCUCCUGAGUUUGCAUCAGAGCAUGAAGCCUUUUUAUGUGAGAAUGGGAAGCCUGGACAAGUAAUUCAGAUUGUCAGUGCUGUUGACAAAGAUGAUCCUAAAAAUGGGCAUUAUUUCUUGUAUAGUCUUCUUCCUGAAAUGGUCAACAAUCCAAAUUUUACUAUCAAGAAAAAUGAAGAUAAUACUCUCAGCAUUUUGGCAAAGCAUAAUGGAUUCAGUCGGCAGAAACAAGAAGUGUACCUACUGCCAAUCAUAAUAAGCGAUAGUGGAAAUCCUCCCAUGAGCAGUACUAGCACUCUUACCAUUAGAGUCUGUGGUUGUAGCAGUGAUGGCAUUGUCCAAUCCUGUAAUGUUGAAGCAUACGUACUUCCUAUUGGACUCAGCAUGGGAGCCCUAAUUGCAAUAUUAGCAUGCAUCAUUUUGCUACUAGUCAUUGUGGUGCUGUUUGUAACACUAAGAAGACAUAAGAAUGAGCCUUUAAUCAUCAAAGAUGAUGAAGAUGUUAGAGAAAAUAUUAUUCGCUAUGAUGAUGAAGGAGGUGGAGAAGAAGAUACAGAAGCUUUUGACAUAGCAACUUUGCAAAAUCCAGAUGGAAUUAAUGGAUUUUUGCCUCGUAAGGAUAUUAAACCUGAUCUUCAAUUUAUGCCCAGGCAGGGUCUUGCGCCUGUUCCUAAUGGUGUUGAUGUUGAUGAUUUCAUCAACACAAGAAUUCAAGAGGCUGAUAACGAUCCAACUGCUCCUCCAUAUGACUCUAUCCAGAUUUAUGGCUAUGAAGGAAGAGGUUCAGCUGCUGGUUCCCUUAGUUCAUUGGAGUCCUCUGCAUCAGACUCAGAUCAGAAUUUUGACUACCUCAGUGAAUGGGGUCCUCGCUUUAAAAGACUUGGAGAACUUUACUCAGUUGGAGAAAGUGACAAAGAAACUUGACAGUGGAUUACAUUCUUUUUCACUGUUGAAUUAACGAUCAUGUAAUAUUCUAGGGCCACUGCUGUUAGUUAAAACUAAUGUGGCUUUUUGUUUUAGAGGCAAGUUUAGCGCCAGUCAUCUAUAAAAUCAACUACAUUGUAAUGUUGAACCAAAUAAAAAAGUAUAUGUUAGGAGGUUAAGUCUUGUGGAGUGUGAAGUAAAGUAUGUGGAGUGUCUAGAAGUCUUUGGAUAUUUGAUAUUCACUUGACCACUCUGAAGAUGGAGAUUUAGAUCUUUAAUUAUCUUCAGUGAAUUGAAAAGAAUGAAUUGGUGCUUUCUUAGGAAAUGGACUUGCAGGGAUUUUGCUGUUGAACAGUAGCUCCUGCCAGUAUAUGUAAAGCUAAUGGUUCGUUCUGCAUUGCCAACAAAGAUCCCAACACAGAAAUGUUAAAAGCAAUAUCUUGGUCUUCUUAGCAAUGCUGAAUAGAAAUAGCAUUGUCUAUCCUUACUGGCUUCUACUGUGCAGUGACCAUACGUUGUACAUACAGUAAUUGUUGGCCACGUAACCACAGACUGAAUAUCAUCGUUAAAUAUUGUGUCAAGCCUUAAAAUAUUCACAUGUUCUUAAUCCAUUCCAGUUAUGGGUAAUAAAUCCUACUCACGUGCAAAGAUUCAGAUGCAGGGGUCCAAAACCUUGCUUUACAAAAGGAUCUUUUUUCUAAAAGAAGGGUCAAUCCUGUACUUCUGAAGGGAAAGAAAAAACAGUGAAGGGGGAUGGACUUACGUAUAUGAAAGAAUUACUGAUUUUAUUGCUAAAGAUCAGAUUUAUUUGUUUAAUCUUUGAAAUGAAUAUUUUACUGGGGUCCAUUACUGCUUUUAUUUAUGAAGAUUGAUAAUCUAUAGACUAAUAUUAUAAAGAAAACUAAAUUAUAUCAUUUAGAUUUUUUUCUAUACAUAAUGAAUGUUUAAUACAUGUACAUUUUGAAAAGAAAAAUGACAAUUUGUUGUAGGUUAAAGCAGUAACCUCUUCAUUUGCAGUAGCAGAAUUUUAAGAGAUUGAUGGCAGGAAUAAAACUUUCCCAGACAAAAAAAAACCUUUUGACAGUUUUGUAUCUUCUUCAUAAAUCUAAUACCUGGUGUUUUUAAUACAAGCACAAACAGCUGGAAGUAAACUGGUUCAUGUGAAUAUUUAAACUAUAGACUUUUAGAAAUCCACACAUUACACAGUACAGUAAAAAAAACAAAAAAACAAAAAAACAUGCUUAUAGUUCUCCACUGUAUUAGAGCAGGAACCAGUGUGUACAUAAUUUUACUGCUUAUGUUAUUAGCAUUUCUUUUCUAUAAUAUUCAUAGUGAUGCACCAGGGCUCUUGCACACAGAGAAAGAACAGCACUAGAAGUUGCAAGCAUACUCAAUUUGUAAUGCAAACUUGCCAUUUAGAAGUAGCAAUUGUAUAAUAAAACUAUGUAUUACAUGCAAAUCAUUUUAAUUUUCUACUUUGUUUUGAUGCUAUAUUAUUGUUUGUUUAUUUACUCCAUGUAUUGUAUUCAGAGAAACUCCUGUAUUGUUUCCUACUUUGUGAAAUAUAUUUUUAUAAAUA